ACAGUGACGUUGGGCCGCCGUGACCCGCACGCCAGCCGCCGGUAUAAAGGCGACGUUCGGCGGCGCGGUGCAUUGCAGUCCUUCGCUACCGUCGCAACCGAAACAAACAGCGCCAUGCUCGCCGUCGUCCUCCUCGCCGUGCUCUGCGGCCAGCAGGUGUUUGGGGCGGCCACCGCGUCCACCGCGGCCACGCAGAUGCCCGACAUGCACGAGAUCAUGGAGAUGUGCAUGACGGAGACCGGGACCUCCAUGGACGACGUCUUAUCGUGGGCUGACGGCGGGGACGCCAGCGAAAACACGAAGUGUCAAAUGAAGUGCGUCCUGAUGAAGGCCAACAUGAUGACCAACUCGGGCCACUUCAACGUGGAGAACAUGAUCGCCUCCCUGCCGGCCGAGCAGCACGCCAUCGCCAGGGAGUGCGCGAUGAUCGAGCAAGGCGGCGAUCUGUGCGACCUGGCGUACCGCAACCAGAUGUGCAUGCGCGACAAGAGCCCCGAUUUCUACGCCGACCACAUCAAGAUGAUGGCCACCGCCGCCCCCGCCCCCAGCAAGUGAAUCCAGCACAGCGACAAUCCCCCACACAGAUAAAAACACAGUUGGAUCAAACAAAACCCACGCCAUUUAUGUUGUUACCGCUAAUUUCAUGAAUAAAGAGAAAUGUUGCAUUGAG